AUGUACAUACAUGUGGAGAAACUAGCACAAGAGAUUAGGAAAGGUGCUGCUUCUGUUGAUAUGGUGUCGUUGCCAAACUAUGGCUGGUCAGUACCAGGGACGCUCCAAGAAGAUCUGCUCUCCAAAAUGAGUGCACCGCCAAAGAGUGAUGCUCCUCUUAUCACCUCCAACGACCUUGCCGAAGCUGAUGCGUUUGUCUUUGGCUUCCCAACAAGGUUCAGUAUGAUGGAUGCUCAGUUCAAGGCAUUCUUAGGUGCAACUGGUGGCCUCAGGAGGACUCAACAACUUGCUGGUAAGCCAGCCAGAAUAUUAUAG